AUGGCCGACUCUCCUGUAUGGAGCACAGUACCUGGCACCCAGGCCGCGCCAUGCACACCUCCAGGAACCCCUUCUGGAGCGUGGGGAGAGUCACCAGCUGCCAAGCAGCCCCCCAAGAUGCUGGUCAGCAGGGAGGUGUCUGAGGAGCACCCUGCCACUGCCCCGUCUCUGAAGACCACUCCCCACCCUCACAGGAAGAGAAAGGUAGCCGUGGUCCAGUGUUACCAGAGAAGCCUCGUCCCUAAGACCGGCGCCCAGAGAGCUGGAUCCCCCACGGAAUCCGGCUCCUCCAGAAGCAAGUCUGCCUUCCCCAGGCCCUGGUCCUUCCCCACGCCUGUGGUGGGGGCUGGGGGCACAACUCCUGGGUCUCCCACGGAGAGCUUCUCCAGUGCAGGCCCUCCAGGGGAUUCCAGCAUCUCUGGGAUAGCGACCAAGAAGGACCCAACUGACCCAGGGAGCAGUCAGCCCCUGGGGACUCUGAAGAGUGAGCACUGCGCAGAGUCCUGGGGGGACGGGGACUGGCUGGGGGCUCCGGAGAACAGUCCUCCUCAGCCACUGGAGAGUGAAAGGGGAUGCUGUUGCCUGCAGGGCCGUGCUGUCCCCUCCAGGAAGGAAGCAGCAUCCGUGCUGUUUUCUGUGGAGGCCGAGCAGCGGCUGCUGAGAGCCAUGGGGUGGCAGGAGCCUGCCGGAGACGAGAACUUCCUUCCCCUGACGGAGGAGGAGGUCUGGCAAUUCCUAGAUGAAGUGCACCAGCUCAGAAGGCAAAGGCAGCAGAAGGGCUGCCUCGCCCACCUCGCUGCUGGGAGAAGCCAGGCCAAGGCCAGCUUUGAGCAUUCCACCCGGGAGGCUGAGAGCAGCGACACCCCGGAUGACGAGGACUGGGUGUAG